AGACAUCGAAUCGCUAUGCCAUUUAGUACAUCGGUCAAGUCUAGCCAGAAACAUCAUAUCAGAAGUGACCUUCAGGGAUCAAAACGUGUAAUAGUUAAACUUGGCAGUGCUGUAAUCACAAGGGAAGAUGAAUGUGGCUUGGCUCUCGGAAGACUGGCCUCCAUUGUAGAACAGGUGUCCGAGUUACAAAAUCGUGGCAAGCAAAUGAUGAUGGUGACGAGUGGGGCCAUAGCGUUCGGCAAGCAGCAGAUGAGACAGGAACUCGUCAUGUCCAUGAGUGUACGACAGACACUGGCGAACACCAACAGACAGGCUGGUCCUCUGAUAGAGCCACGGGCAUGCGCAGCGGUGGGGCAAAGUGGUUUGAUGUCACUUUACGAGGCGAUGUUUAUGCAAUAUGGUGUCAAAACUGCACAGGUGCUGAUAACGAAACCUGAUCUGUAUCACGAGUCAAGUCGAAUGAACCUAAUUGAAACUUUGAUGGAGCUACUCAGAUUAAACGUGAUACCAAUCCUCAACUCUAACGACGCUGUGUCGCCGCCACCACUAGCCGAUCAAGACCUGGCCGGGGUAAGGUCUCAACUGAAUGAUGAUGAUGACAAAAUCGUGAUCAGUCUGAAAGACAAUGACAGUCUAGCUGCCCGCCUUGCUGUGGAAAUAGAUGCUGACCUGAUGGUCAUUAUGUCUGAUGUAGACGGACUAUACAAUCGACCCCCCUCCAUGGAAGGGUCGUGUCUACUCCACACAUUCUGCCCCACCAAGCAUGGAGCUGGGGUCGUGUUCGGGGAGAAGUCACGAGUAGGGCUUGGUGGAAUGGAAUCUAAGGUACGCGCUGCUACCUGGGCGUUGGAAAAUGGCGUCUCCGUUGUUAUUUGUAAUGGGAUGGAAAAUCGAGCCAUAGUCAAUAUCAUAGAUGGGAAAAAGAUUGGAACGUUUUUCACCAAGGAAGAGCCAAAAGGGGACAAUGUAGAGGAGCAGGCCUUACGAGCACGAGAGGGUAGCAGACUUCUUCAGACUCUCGCACCAAAUCAACGUGUUGCAAUUAUCAACCAACUGGCGGACUUAUUGAUAGAGCGGACGCAAGAAAUACUGGCAGCAAACAGGCUAGACGUCAGUUUGGCGGAAGAGAAAGGUAUUGAAGCACCACUUCUUGCUCGUCUCGCCCUCACUGAAAACAAGCUACAGACUCUAGCUGUUGGGCUACGACAGAUCGCCACAGCUAGUGAAAACACCGUCGGGAGGAUAAUACGGCGAACACAGUUGGCCAACGGGCUGGAAUUACAACAGGUGACGGCACCUCUCGGCGUGCUUAUGGUCAUCUUUGAAUCAAGACCUGAUGCUUUACCACAGGUUGCCGCCCUGGCUAUCAGCAGUGGAAACGGUCUCCUACUUAAAGGUGGAAAAGAAGCUUUCCACAGUAACAAGCUUCUCCAUGGUCUGGUCCAGGAGGCCCUACAAUCACAUGUUCCUAAGGAAACCGUCUCCCUGAUUAGCAGACGAGAGGAUAUACAUGAUUUGCUACAGAUGUCAGAUUACAUAGAUCUUGUCAUUCCUCGUGGAUCUAAGGAGCUCAUCCGCAAUAUCUCGGAACAUAGCAAUGGAAUUCCUGUCUUGGGUCACAGCGAAGGCGUGUGUCACGUGUAUGUGGAUGUAGAUGCGGACAUCAAGAUGGCCACUAAGAUAGUGUGUGACAGCAAGUGUGACUACCCGGCCGCCUGUAACUCUGUGGAGACCCUCCUUAUCCAUAGCAACUUGUUCGGUUCCCACGAAUUUGAUACACUCGUCGACACCCUCAAACAGAAUGCGGUGAAAAUAUAUGCUGGUCCGAGGCUGGCCAAUAAGAUCAAAUUCGGACCUCCUCUAGCAAAAUCGAUGCAUAUUGAAUAUGGUGACCUUGCGAUGACAAUGGAGCUUGUCGAUGACGUAGAUGAUGCAAUAGCACACAUCAACAAAUAUGGCAGUUCUCACACCGACAGCAUCGUCACAGACAAUGAAAACGCCGCUGAACGAUUUAUCCAGGGGGUUGACAGCGCCUGUGUGUUUCACAAUGCCAGUACUCGUUUUGCGGAUGGAUACCGAUUCGGAUUAGGUGCUGAGGUGGGGAUCAGUACCACCCGUAUACACGCCCGGGGACCCGUAGGAGUGGAAGGCCUAUUGACAACCAAGUGGCUUCUCCGGGGGACCGGACAGACGGUCCAGGAUUUUAACAGUGGGAAGUACCAGUAUAUACAUAAGGAACUUGAAGUCGAUGAUAUGGAGAUUCACAGAGACAACAUCAGUGAAGAGAUACAAUCAAGAAGAGCUUGA